CGCAGCUGCUUUCGCCGACACGAGUGGUCCGCGCGUGUUUCGCGGUUAGUGGAGGGGUCGCGGUCACUUAGAUAAACGUCGCGAGGAAGUCGCCCCUCUACUUUGUCAAAACGAAACGCAGAGGUUAGACCAAAGAAAGGUUCUCGUGCUUCAUUGCACUUCUCCGCCUCAGCGUAUCAACGCGAUUGUCAAUUUGUGGACUGCACUGUUGCACGUGAUUAUCUGCCACAUGUGAGAGUUGAGUUUGCUGGCGGUGGAGCGGCGAAUAGACGUGGACAACUCGGCGGCGAUCAGUCCGAGUGGACACUUGCUGCUGAGCCUGUCGCGCGACAGAUACCAGCGGCUCGGCAUCGAGGGUCGGCCGACCGCGUUCGAGCGCCGCGCGCACUCGCGCUACGGUAAGUGAAGUGGAGCGCGGCGCGAGCGGCGACGAGCAGGGAGUAACAGGGAGUAACAGGGAGUAACAGGGUGAAAGAGGGAUGCCGAGGAGGCGCGAGGUGCCGUCGCUGCGCGAGCUCGCACUCAAGUCCGUGGGCGAGUACGUGAUCGGCUUCGGUAGGAGCGUCGUGGCGCCGUUCAGCGCGCUGUGCGGCCUCGAGGCCGCACAGGCCGACUCGUACCUCCGCGGCGCGCUGCUCGGCCUGCGGCAGCAGCUCAGCUGCUGCGUGCCGUGGAACCUGUACGACCGCAUGGCCACGGAGGUUCUGCUCGCCGUGAGGGACCUCGUGACGGAGAUCAAGGCCGCCUACAGCGGCGAGCGGCCCGGCAGCUGCCUCGCGGAGAUCAACGUGGCGGUGAACCUCGUGCACGCGGUCGUCUCGCCGAGGCUGCGACGCAUCGCCUUCGGCGACUGGCCCAAGUUCAUGCGCCACGCGCUCUACGACUCGCUGGCCGACAUGAGCGGCCUGCGGGUGCUGGACCUCGGCUCGGGCUCGGUCGGCUGGCGGAGCUCCGACAUCGAGCGCGCCGUGGUUGCCGCGACCGGCGCCAUGGGUAACCUCACCGCGUUCACGCUCUGCUUCGACUGCACCGACAGCGUGCUCGCCGCGGUCUGCCGGCACUGCUGUGCCCAACUGCAGCAGCUCGACGUGACGGCCUCGCGCUCCGUGACCGACCGCAGCAUCGCCUGCCUGCUCAAGUGCGCGCGGCUGCGCGAACUCAAGCUGCUCAGCACCUCGGUCUCCGUGCCCGGCUAUGCCUCGCUGCUGCUGGACCACCCGUGCCUGCAGGACAUCGGCAGGUACGACGAGCUCGGCGUCGCCCUCGAGCACAUCCGGCAGAGCGCGCGCCGGCCCGACGCCCGGCCCCUGCGCCUGCGGGCCUUCGAGUGCCGCGGCAUGAGCCCGCGCCAGCUCUACUUGCUCGCGGAGAUGUGCCCCGGCAUCGUCAGCCUGUCGCUGCUGCGCGACGAGCGCGUCGACGACCUCGCCGUCCUCGCCUCGCUCACCGAGCUGCGCGAGCUCAAGCUGCUGUCGUGCGAGUUUUACACGAACGGCGUGCGCGUGCUGCUCGAGGUCAUCGGCUGCAACAUCGUCAGCCUGCACUUGGAGCACGUCGGCGAGAUCGACCUCGGCGCGCUCGUCUUCAUCAGCCAGUGCUGCCCCAACCUGCGCAGCCUGGUCUUCUGCAACUGCGAGUUCCUCGCCACCGCCACCUCGGCGCAACACCGGAAGCUCGCCGUGCCGCCGUUCCAGCACCUCGAGAGACUCAAGUGCGUGGUCGAUUGCGCCGAGCCGCAUCUCGAGUUCGUCCUGUCGCACUGCGUCAAUGUCAGGUUCGUCCACCUGGGCUCCUCCACUGGGAUCGGCGACGCCACCAUACGGCGAGUCUUCGACAAGAACCCAAUGAACAAGCUCGAGGUGCUCAAGAUUUUGUACAGCAAUGAUCUGUCGAUGAGCAGCGUGCAUCUGUUCAUGCGCAAUUGCGAGAAUCUCAGAAGACUGUCGGAACUGGAGAGCUGGGAAGGAAUUUCGCGGCAGGAGCUGUACGCUUUUAGGGAGGAACUCAGGCUCAACAACUUCGACUUGGAUACCAGUCCGACAUUGUCGCUCGCUUGAAACACGCGCGAAUAGAUCGCGUUUAAUUUUUUAUGUGCCGCUAUUCCUUUUGAUAUCGCGCAAAUAGAGGCUUUGUAACGUAGCUUUCGUCGCUGCCAGUAUACGUAUGUGCAAUGUGUUAUACAUAUUUAGACGAUGUUUUAUCGCGUGUACGCCAGCGAGAUGCCCAUUUAUUUUUGCACGAGAAGAUUUAAACGCCGACUAAACUAACCGAUAGACGUAUUUUCGUAACGUAGAGAAAUAAUUUAACUUGCGGAGAGUAUAUUUUUAUAAUGAUUUUACUUGUGCUCUCGAAGUUCCCCGGGUGCUCUUUUCAUUUUUCAAACAAUCUAUUUGUUUAUUUAUUUUCUAAGAUUCCUCUUCGGAGUAUGUGAUGAGAUAUAUUUUUUUAAUAUUUUUUUUUAUGUUUCGCUGUCCCUUUUGUCGGUAUCUCUCACAAGUCGUGACAAUCGAUUUGAAAGACGAUAAACUAACCCCUGGAAAGAAAUACUACGAAAGGAUUCGCAAUUGUCUGAACAACCUGCCUGAUCUUACAUUUGACGUUAUACUAUCAUGGGAUCCUCCAG